CGAGUCCGGACUCGAGACGUUUUUUAUGGUCUCGGACUUGUCUUGGACUCGUUGGUAUUUGAACUCGGACUUGUCUCGGACUUGGUCAUUGGUCUCGCAAAUGUUCUAGUCGGUCUCGUCCGAGUCCAGCGAUAUAUGUUUUAUUUUCUCCUUCAAAACAAAACAUUGAUAGAGCAAUAUUCUUGUGAUCCGAAAACUGUUGCCGACUCUCGACUCUAGAACGAGAGCUGCGCGUGCUCAUAAGUUCUCUCUUCACACUAAUUAGUUCAGUUCAGUGUGUGCUGUUGGUGUAACUAAAUAACUCCGGUAUAUUGGUUCAAGUCCGCGGGACUGUCAUGCACUCCAGAAAGUGAAUAACUGAAUUAAUUUGUGGAUAAUAUUAAGUGUUUACGGGAGACGCUAAACGGGAACGAUUCAGCUGAACUGGUUCGACCGGUUCACUAAAAAGAAAGAACCGGUUCGAAUGAACGAUUCGUCCGCGGCGCGAACCAGCGUCAAUCAUUCAUGGCACGAUGUCAGCGAGCAGCGGCAUAUUACAGAUUGGUUUUACAAACCAUAAUAAAUGUAUCGACAGUGCGCUUUAAAGGAAACUUUUUGCAACAAAACUUUCCCCGAAACAUGUGGGACAACAUCCAAUUUCGUAAGACACCUGCAAAGGCAUCACAAAGAGAGGUAAGUUAAUGCCAUGUUUCAGAGUUAGCAUUGCAUUUGAGUAUUUUAGACAGUUUGGAAAGUAGGGCUUAAAGAUAAGAUUGAUCGUAUUUUUAUUGUCAUUGUGAUGAACAUGUUAUUUAAGGAUGGGCACCGACGUGCUUAUGAACGAGCCGUGGGGCCUCUGCUCUUUCUAGCGGCUCCUCUAUCGAACACACACGUGCACGGGCAGGCGCGCACACGCACGCACACACACGCACAAAAGUGUUCAUUGCUGCACAACCUUGCUGUUAGGAGGGCUGAUAAAAAAGUUCCUUAAAGUAAUAAACAGUUACACUUCGGCUUUGUGACUUUAGUGCUAUACCUAUAUAGUAAAAAUAAAAUGACCUUAUUUUAUCUGCUUUUUGAUCAUUACAAACAAUAAUGAAAAUGAUUACCUUAGAAUAGAAGAUAUGCUGUCUCUUGCAUCACAUAAAUUAUCAAUAGUUAAGUAUGUGGUCUUGUAGUCAUGAUUUUUUUCUCUCUUGACUGUCUCAAUUGGACUCGGUCUUGACUUGGACUCGAACCUCUUUGGACUCGGACUUGACUCGGUCUCAACUAGUCCUGGUCUUGGACUUGUCUUGGACUCGACAAUGGUGGACUUGACUACAGCCCUAGUGCGUACUUGUCUGUGUAUGUACGUGUGUGUGUGUGUGUGUGUGUGUGUGCGUGUGUGUCUGUGUGUGUUAGUACGUGUGCAUAUUGUGUGUAGAGUGUUGUGUAUGUGGGUGUGUCUGUCUUCUGUGUUUCAACUUUUUCUUGUUUUUGCAGGUACAACUUUAAUUGUUUUGCUUAUAGUCAAUAUGUCUCAUGUACAGCUGCUUUGUAACAAUGAAAAUUGUAAAAAGCGCUAUAUAAAUAAAGUUGAGUUGAGUUGAGUAAAGUCCAUUGUGUUUAAAGUAAAUGAUUUCUUCUAAAGACAUGUUGAAUAAUCAGAUCUUUCUUAUAAAUAAGAAUAAUCACUGAAAUCAAACUGAUCUUCUGUCAGAUAAACACAGUGUAAGCCUAUUGUCGGCUACUGUUGCUAUUUUUAAAUAACCUGUCACCGCCGGCUCUGAGAGUUCGUGGCAAUGAGAAAAGUUCACGCAGAUUUACAGUAAAAGAUAAACUGCUACUGCUCUUCAUGUUUGUUACAGAGAAGUGACAGUAAGAUGCUGGUUGAGGUGAAUUUUUCAGUUUGUUGCAGAAUUCUUUGAACCUCAGAAUCGAAGCAAAGCAGCUGAGACGCUUACAGAGCUUUAAUCUGUCAUGUCAUCAUCCUUCUGUGUUGAGACGGAUUAUCUGAGAGGACGAGCUAAAGCAAACAGAACAGAAGGCUUCUUCGCAAAGUCUGAUGUUAAACGUGAAUGAAGUGAUGGAGAGUUGUGCUGAAUGUGAAGAUGCUCUUCUGCCUCCUGACGCUGACUUCAGCAUGGAUGAUCAGUGUUCUCCUCACGGUGGGUUGGAAGUGACGGAUCGUCUGAUGUACAUAGAGCAGCGUGUUCAGAUGCAGGAGGAUGAGAUUCAGAUGUUGAAGAUGACCAUGGCUGAUGUGCUCAAGAGACUCAACAUCUCUGAAGAACAAACUGCAGCUCUCAUUAAAAGACCUCCUGCUAAAGCAGCACGGCCUGCAUCUUUGAUCGUGACCUCUAGAGCGUCGAGCAGCACGAGCAGCUCACUGCUGAAGAAGAGCUCAACACGGCCCGCCUCGCCCUCCUCCAGAAACUACAGCCCCUCACCAGCCAGCAAGAGAACUCCUGCUGGAAAUGUAAAAGAGAGUCUGAGUGCAUCAGUGAGCAGUAAAGCUCAAACCUGCAAAAAACAGCUGGAGACCAAACCAAAGGAAAGCAGUUCAGCUCUAACAGGCUCUAGGCGUGUGACUCAAUGCAAAGAUUUGUCUGAUCCCACUGUCAAGAAAGACUGGACGUACUGACCCAGGGACGGGCGUCACCACCCUGCAGCCCAACACGUGUCCUCCUGCCAGCGGGCCAGCAGCUGACGGAGCUCCAGAUAAGAGUACAGAUGAGAAAAAUCCUGCAUU